UUAUCCGAGGUUCUAUUUGGACAAUAAAUAAGUCUAGAACUGAGCUUUUUUAUGAACAUGGCACGAAAGGAAAAAACUGAAAUUGUUCCUUAUCAAAUCAUCGAGUUCAGGGAUGAGUUAAAAAAAGGCAAGCGGUCAGUGGAGCUCGUGUGUUUCUCUUGGUUAGACUUUGAAGCUGACGACAAAAUCUGGUGUCAUUACCCACCGCAAAAUGACUGCAAAAAUCUUGAUGAAUGGAUCCGUGUGAAUCAAAAACCGUUGGAAAACUGGAUAAAAUAUCGAGUAACCAUUUUAGAAGAUGCAGGUGAUUAUGAGCAGGGCAUACGGCGUCUUGAACGAUCGUAUAAGCGGCGAACACAUUUAAGAACGUCUGAUUCAGACUGUUCUGGAACGAGUAGUAUAAUGAAAAUAUCGAAGAGUAAAGCCAAAAAUAUGCUCAGACAGUCUCAAUCUUUGUUCAGCCAUCCUCCAAUUGAUGAAAGAUCAGAGGAAUUAACUCAAUCCUAUGAAGACGUUUGUUUAGGAAAGUUAUCAGGAGCUCCAACAGUUGAUAACAGAUUGCACACUCCACCAAGGGAUCGAGACAACGUUCCAACAAGAUAUCCUUCUAUUUUAGACAUAACUCCAUCCACUCGCCUGACUCCUCAGAAUAGUUCAUGUUCAACAGAUGAUAAUGGUGCUGACGAUAAAACAACCUCAGCAUUUGACAAAAUUGAUGAUAGAACUGUGCUAGAAACCCCAAGGAUGAAACGUCCCUUUCAAGAUAAAAUCUCAUCCAAGAUUAAUGUUCCUAGGUUCUCAAAGAACGCUUCCUACCGCCCUACUCCAACGAUAGUUGUGCGAUUAUUUUCUGCUUAA